AUGGUGCAGAGCAACGGAGCUGGGUAUAAUACCAGCGACCACUGGGCGAGCAUCAGUCCGUAUAGCCAGAGUCCGUAUGGAAACAGUCCUCUGAACGAAUAUGGCGCCACCUUUGGCGGAUUCAUAUCGCACGGGAUGCCAUCAGAAUCGCUCAGCAGAAUGCCUCCGCCCAUUCCCCCAUCAAUUCCUCAACAUACGACACAUCAACUGAUACAGCCCGCACCGCUGAUGGGCCAUCACCAACUACCGAUGCUCAAUACACAAUGGCCCAGCCAAUUAACGAACCCGACCCCAUCGGGGAGCUACUCUGCUCCUCCGCUGUCCAUCGCACCGGCAUCCAGCCUCCCCCCAGUUGAGCCGCCGAGACCCCCUGUGCACCAUGAGAAAGCAAGGAAGACGUUGAGCGCAGAGCAAAAGCGAGCCAUGUGUCAAUAUCACGAAGAUAACCCAGGCACUAGGCAGGCAGACAUUGGCGCAAAGUUUGGUGUCGAGAGAAGCACGGUAUCCAAGGUGUUGAGGCACAAAGACCAAUAUUUGAAGCAAGAUCCGGAGCCAGAUAGCUCAGCUCUCAAGCGUCUGAAGGGGAAACAUCCCGACUUUGAUCGGACACUCAGCAACUACGUCCGCCGACAGCAGCAACGUGGCUUUGAGGUCAAAGACGAGGAAAUAAUCGAACAAGCAAGGCUCUUUGCUCGCGCCAGUGGCAGCCAAGACAGAAGCUUAACUAACAUCAACAGCAACUGGCUUCUCAAGUUCAAGCAGAAACACGGUAUAGGGGCUGGUCGGCUCAUGCGUCGGGCCUCCGAGACGAACAUCCCAGACCGUAUUACCAUGUCCACAGCUAUUGCACACUUCCCAGGGGAUAAGACAACCACUACCAUUUCCCCCGUCUCUCCAACUCAGCAGCUUUCGCCUCUUUCUGCCAGCCGCAGUGACGAGGACUUACAAGCUGAAGGUCAUGAUUUUCAUUUCCAGUACGGACAUACGGGUUCGCACUCCUCUACCUCGCUGGCAGGCGAUAUGAGGGAUCCAAGCGUUUCAUUUGCGGGCGGCACGAUGAGCCCAACCGCGCCCUUUCACUUCUCGCCCGAUCCCAACCUUGGGACAUUCCAAAACAGUCUCCAUAUACAACCGGCAGUCCCUGAGUUCCAACACCAUGGGAAGAGAAGCAAUACUUUCCCUUCCCUGAAUAUCGAAUGUGUUCACCAAGAUACGAGUGGGGGACCGCUGACUCCUCGAAAUACAUCUGCCGUUACAUCAUCUUCAGCGCUUGAGUCGCCGACAAACGACGUUCGGAAUACUCCCUUCACGCUGGACACAACAGUAUCUUCGCCACCAGCUUUGCGCCGCAGUAGCAGCAACUCAAGUAUGAUUGCGCGGUCAAACAAUCCUUCCACAAACACAAGCUCGGUAUCGUCCCAUACUGCCGACUCGUCACCAACAUCUCCGACGCCAGAGGAUGCUCGACGUGCCGCAGAAACGCUGCUAAGCUACCUUCAUAGCAUGACGCCAAACGGUCCGUUCGACAAAGGCGAAUAUGCUACCAUUGUUCAGCUUACCAAGAAAUUGCAAUUGCAUCAACAUCAGAGUACGCGUCCUUCCAUAGGAGGACUGUCGAGAAUACCUGAAGGCGAUGAUGGGGAAAUCCAAUCGCUGGCCGAGGCAGCGAUGUCAGAAUUAUGA